AUGGCUUCGUUCGUACCAAAUCCGGCUGGUGAUUACUACAAACCGUCACAUUACAGUGAACCAAGCGAAAAAGGACAGCAAUUUUUGAAUGUCUUGGGCGCUUUCGAGAACAAUGUCAAUAGCAUCUCUCGGAAACUUGUAAGUGUGAUACCUUGUGAUGUGUUAUAAUAGUGGCUUUAUCAUGUUUUUGAUGAUAAUUCUCUGCCAGAUGGACCUAUUUUUUAUACAAAAAUUUUCAAAGUGUAUGCAAGGCUUUUAACAUGGUCGUGGUAAUGUUACUGUAGUUUUUGAAUUUAUCUAAAACUUUAAUGUUUGUUCUGACAGUGUUAUAGUCAAAUAGUUAACUCUUAAUGUCGCCAAUUUUCCAAACCUUACCUAUCGUUUCAAAAAGGUUAUGAUUAAAACAAAAUUGUUUUUAACUUUCACAUUGACUGUAGCCGUGCUGUAUUUUUUUUCACGUUUUCACGCUACAUAACCUAAUAAUAGCGAUUGUAAUUGUGUCGCUUAAAGUCAUUGUAAAUUUUUUAAACUAUGAAACGACGGAUACGUUUUUUUUUCUCGUCGCUGACCAGUUUCUGGUGCGCAUUUUGUUUGCUUUUGAGGUCAGCGAAGAGCAGGAAGUGCACAUUACACUGAAUGGUCUAGCUGUGUUUUCGAACUACUUCUGGCUCUUGAACCAUAAUACAACACUAUUUUGUUUUGGGAGUCAAAAGUGUAAAAUUUUUCGUAACUAUUGUUCAAAAUUGAGGAUUUUGAUCAAAAAAUGGUCGUAAAACCAAGAUUUUUAAAGAAAAAAUUUUAAAUUUCUUUUUUUAGAACAGUCCAUUAAAUCAAAUAUUUUGAAAAAUUUAAAUCCUUGAGCUCUUUGAUAAUUUGAGCCUUAAAAGGGAAUCAUUAUCAGUACUUUAUCAAGCGUUACAACUUUUUUGAUUAGAAAAUACAUUUUGUACCUAUGUUAAUAUAAAAAUUAAUAGCGUUUGCAGUUUGACCAGUAAAUAAAAAUAUGGUCUUGUUUUUUAUAAAGAAAUAUCCUAUUCAGAUCUUGACUACCUUUUCGUCUAUUGAAACCAUUCGAAGACGUUGCUUUCUUAUGUAAACGUUGGUUAACGUCUACUAUAAUAUUGAUUGAUCUAACAGAGUCUUCAGUUUUUUUAAGUACAAAAGCUUCAUUUUAGUACUUCCGUGUUUUUUUUUAAUCUUGUAAUCUAUAUUCCUAACGUACUGAACGAUCACUUUUUUUUACAAGGACAUCUUUCAUCGUAUAAAACGACUAUUUUAUUUGCAACACUUAGGGCGCAGCUUCUCGGGGAACGGGGACGCGUGUUCGGCUUCAGGUUCUGUGCCUUCAACAACGUUUUUAGCCCGUUUUCUACGUGAUUAUGCGAUUGUUUUGAUAAUAUAAUCAUCUCAUUACAAUCAUCGAAUAUUUUUGUUGUUUAAUUUCUUCUCAUACAUUAAAUUUGGCCUUUAUAACAUAAAAUAUUGCUUUAUACUGGUUAGGAAGGUUGUUUUGAUGUAAAUAAUGGUGUUUUUGGAAGAGAAAAAGAUACUUUAUCUUAUGAUUGUGAUUUGUUUUUUUAAAUUUUAGGUGUUUUGAUUUGUAAAAUAAUGUUUUUUGGUUUGUUUUAGCCAUUGGCUUCAAUUAAAAACAAAUAUCUUUCGAUGAAAUGCACGUCUAUUGUCCAAAAAACCAUGUUUCUAUACGUUUUUUUGUUUUUUGCAUGAAGGGUUUAAUCUUUUUCUCUAAUGUAUUAUUCUGUGUGGCGACCCAGUAAUUUUUCUCGCUAUUUUGACUCGAGAAUAUGUUAUAGUAGGCUAAUAUAUUAUUUACAGGGCAGUACUAUGGCUUCCUACGGACAGCCACAAAAUCAAUGGCUGGGAUUCGCCGAAGGAUACGCUGAUGAUGUGAGUUUAAACUACUUUUUGUGAAUUGUUUUUUAGGUAUUACGCAGAGAUGAAGCAAAGGGGCAUGGGUAAGAGGGUGUAUUCGGAAAUUGGGUUACUUUUGAGGUUCAAGCUGGGAAAUUGGGCUGUUCGUGGAUGGAAUAGAAAGAUUAGAUGUUAAGGAUGAUUUUUGUUUAUAUUUUUGGAAUGUAAAGCUAGGGUAGACUUUCUAGUUUUAGUUUAAAAUGGCGUAGGCUAUGGAAUGAUGAUUGCAUAGAGAACAUUGUAUAGUUCAUAGGUUUUGGAAGAAAAUUUUGACUGUAUUUUUCUAAGACAGUUAGAGACUACUCUGGAGAUUCUUUUUUUAGUUUGAAGCUUUUGAUUAAAUUCAUUUUUGCAGUUACUUCGCCACACAAAGCACUACCUUCCUCAUAUUGCUCGUUUGUGUUUGGUCUCGACGUUUAUCGAAGAUGGCUUCCGUAUGUGGGCACAAUGGGAGGAUCAGCGACAGUUUAUGCAAGAAUCGUGGCAUUGCGGAUGGUUCUUGGCCACGCUGUUUGUUUUGUUCAACUUCUUUGGCCAGUUCAUUCCAGUCGGCAUGGUUAUGUUGAGAAAGCGGAUUGGAAUUGCUGUUGCUUUGUUGGGAACUGUGGUCGUGCUACAGACUGUCGCUUACCACAUUUUGUGGGAUUUGAAGUUUUUGGCCAGGUAAGCAGGGGUGUAUUGGUUUAGUUUAGCUUGGUAUAUUGUUUUAGUUAAUUAAACGUGAUAUUAUUUUUUUAAAGCUGACUAACAAAAAUAUUUUUCAGAAACAUUGCCGUAGGUGGUGCCUUGAUCCUUUUGGUUGCCGAAACUUUUGAAGAACAAAAGUCGUUGUUCGCUGGAGUACCUCAAAUCGGCGAUAACAACAAGCCAAAGUCGUGGAUGAUGUUUGUUGGCCGUGUUUCGCUUGUCUUCAUGUUCUUGUCGCUUCUUCAUUUUGAAUACUCUAUUGUCCGAAACGUGAGUAUUUCAUUUUUUAUUGAAAAUAAUGUACUGCGGUAAGUUGAAUGGGUACCUCCUCUCUAGAAAAAACGUUGACAAAAAAAAUUUAAAUAAAAUAUUUCAUUUUUAGAUUGAGCUCGUCGUAGGCAUUGUCUUGAUGACCUUGACCACCAUCGGCUACAAAACUAAGCUCUCAGCUAUCGUCCUGGUCAUCUGGCUCUUCUGUUUGAACUUGUGGCUUAACGCCUGGUGGAAUGUACCCUCGGACAGAUUCUUCCGCGACUUCAUGAAGUACGACUUCUUCCAAACCAUGAGCGUCAUUGGAGGCUUGCUGUUGGUCAUUUAUUACGGUCCCGGAGGCGUUUCAGUCGAUGAUUACAAGAAGCGCUGGUAG